AUGGACCUCUCAUCAACUGGAAGUCAUCUUCCAUGCCAUCUUCCUCUCUCACUCCUCACAAAUCUCCAGUCCUCUCCGACUGCUUCAUCUUCUUCAUUCUCAUCUCCACCUGCCUCAUCUCUUCUGAGUCCAUCUCCAUCUUCUGCCUUCCGUCCAGUCAUUCCACGUGCCACAGUCCAAAUACCGACACCUGCAAUCGACACAUUCUAUAUGACGGCUAUCCAGUCGCUGGUGGUCUCCACCACCAGUGAUGACCAGUAUAGCGAGUUGGGACCGCUGGAAGGCACCACCUCCAUCACAAAAGACGAGAACGCCUCCACAUCCGCAGGCACAAUUCUGUGUCAAGUGUGUUCGGACAAGGCCAGCGGUUUUCAUUACGGUGUUUUCGCAUGCGAGGGAUGCAAGGGCUUCUUCCGCCGUUCCAUUCAACAAAAAAUCCAAUACAGAGCAUGCACUCGAGUCGAGGACUGCCUUAUCUUGAGAAACAACAGGAAUAGAUGUCAAUGCUGUCGGCUGAAGAAGUGUUUGGCGGUUGGAAUGUCUAGGGAUGCCGUCCGAUUCGGUCGUGUCCCAAAACGUGAGAAAGCACGUAUGUUCGAAGAGAUGCAGAAGACGAAUGUCCAAUCACAGAGAGAUCAAAUCGCCAUUCAAUAUGAGAACUUGUCAGAAGUCAUGCAUAAGAUGAAUCACGCAUUUGCAGUCUUGCAGAAUACGCUCGAAAAGUGCACGGGACCAAUCUACACCGACAGAUGUCCCAUCUCCUCCAACUUCAUCGUGAUCCCACUGAAAGCUGCCAUCGACUUUGCCAACUCUAUCCCAGCAUUCUUAUCAAUCACUCAAGCACAUCGGGUGCAUUUGUUGCAGAACAGUGUAUUCGACGUGAUGCUCCUGGCGUCCGCCGCCUCGUCGACCUCUUCGCUCUCGUUCCCACCAGGAGGUAUAGCCUACGAUCAGAACUCGUCGAACCCAAUGAUUCCACAAAUCAUCCAAUCGAUAUCCGAGAGAAUCCGUCAACUCCCGCCUCAAUCCAUUCCGAUUCUCACGGCGAUCGCUGUCUGUCAAGCGGAUAUUAUGCCAGACUGUCAGCAACCUCUCCUACUAUCCGACCAGCUAUGGUCAGUACUUGGAAAGGUCGGCGGUGUCCAACCACUACUCGUCGGUCCCUCACUAUUCAAGGAUGUCCGAUCGUUGAGACAGUGGCACAAUGACAGGCUCAGACAUGUUUCACAGAAUUUCUCACCCAACCAACUCCUGGGAAUCCCUCAACCAGUCUACCUUCCACCCGCCUUCCUGUCUCCGCCCCCAUCUGCCACGUCAUCAAGUGCCACAUCACAGAAAUCAGAAUUCAUCGAACGUCAUCAAUCGAUUGCUUCUCUUCUGGAAAGACCGCGGAGGAUCAGUUCGGGACCACAGGAACCAUUGAAUCUUUCACUUUCACGUCAUCAGAUGAAGGUUGAAGAGAUGGAAGUGGAUGAGGAGGUGCAGAUCAAACAGGAGUAA